UUGAAUUUCUGUUGAAUUGCACCGCGCAUUAGAAUCGGAAAUGUCGCACUCUUCAAAGGCUUUAUUGUACUCUACGCUACUUGCUUUACAUAUUUGUCUAUGCUAUUCCUUUUAUCUUCCUGGAAUAGCACCUGUGGACUACGAAGAAGGCGCCAAACUCGAAAUUGUGGCGAACAAACUUACCUCGCCUAAGAAUCCCUUACCCUUCGACUACUAUUAUUUACCUUUUUGUAAAGGAACUGAGGAAAGAGAACUUCCUGUCAACUUGGGACAGUUAUUGGUUGGAGAGAGAGCAAAAAUAACGCCAUAUGAAGCCUCCUUGUUGGUGGAGGAGACCUGUAAAGUACUAUGUACGAAGACUCUAAACAAAGAAGAAGCAGAUAAAUUCUCAGAAAAAGUCAAAGAAGGGUAUAGAGUUAGACUUAACUUGGAUAAUCUUCCAAUUGUUGUAAAGGCCGAGACUGCCUCUGGACAAGCCUCGUUUCAAUUAGGGUACCCUGUAGGUUUCCAGGAAGGUGACAAUACUUAUAUCAACAACCACUUGAGAUUCGUCGUUUCCUAUCAUAAACCGGAAGACAGCAAAAGUCUUGUUUCACGUUCAGGAACGGGUGACGUAUAUCGAAUAGUUGGAUUUGAAGUUAUUCCUUCUUCGGUGCAGCAUGAGUUUUCCUGGGGUAGUGAUCGUCCAAAAACAUGUCCUGUAACUGUUUCUUCGCAAAGUCGACCACAAAGAGCAGAAAACGGUGCUUCAGUUACCUUUACAUACGAUGUCGUAUUUGAAGAGAGUCCAAUCAAGUGGGCCACUAGAUGGGAUCCGUUAUUGAAUGCUUCCGAAGAACAAAGACAAAUACAGUGGUUUUCUAUAAUUAACUCGUUGAUGAUUACACUUUUCUUAACUGGUCUUGUAGCAAUGAUCAUGUUGAGGACCGUGCAUCAAGAUUUUGCUAGAUAUAAUCGUCUUGAGGAAGAUGAAGACAUACAUGAAGAAACUGGUUGGAAGUUAGUUCAUGGUGAUGUCUUUAGGUCGCCACCGUAUCCCAAAUUGUUUUCGGUUGUUUGCGGAACUGGAGCGCAGCUUGUAGUUAUGGCAUUCGUUACAUUGGUCUUUGCAGUGUUAGGAUUUUUGUCUCCAGCCAAUCGAGGAGGUUUGUUGCAGGCAAUGAUUGCUAUGUACAUUUUGUCUUGCUCACAUUCGGGAUACAUUUCUGCACGAGUCUACAAAACAAUCGGAGGAAAGGAAUGGAAGAAUGUUACUUUAUCUACAGGCAUUUUGUUCCCUGCUGUUGUAUUUUCAGUUUUCUUCAUUAUUAACUUAUUUGUAUGGAGUACCGGUUCUAAUGGAGCAGUUUCUUUCUUAACGUUGUUAUUACUUCUAUUCUUAUGGUUUGGAAUUUCAAUACCUAUGGUAGUUCUUGGUGCAUAUUUUGGAUAUCGGAAAAAGGCCUAUGAGAUGCCUGUUAGGACCAAUCAGAUUGCUCGACAAGUACCCAGGCAGCCAUGGUACAGCAACGCUAUAACUACGAGUCUCGUUGGUGGAAUUCUUCCCUUUGGUGCUGUUUUUAUUGAGUUGGUUUUUAUUCUCUCGAGCUUAUGGCAAAAUCAGAUAUAUUAUAUGUUUGGCUUCUUGUUUGCAGUGUUUUUAAUUUUAACUUUGACCUCUGGUGAAAUUAGCAUUGUUCUUUGUUAUCUAAAACUUUGCAACGAAGACUAUCGUUGGUGGUGGUAUUCUUUCUUUACUUCAGGCUCAUCAGCGCUUUAUCUGUUUGGCUACAGUAUCUUUUAUCUUGCCACGCAACCCAAUUUUAAGGGUAUUGGCUUUGUCUCUAUCAUUUUAUAUUUGGGUUACAUGUUCCUGAUAUCUCUUGCUUUCUUCCUUUUGACUGGAUUCAUAGGAUUUUAUUCAUGCUUCUGGUUUACUAGGAAAAUAUACUCAUCCAUAAGAGUAGAUUAGUCAACCAUGUUAAAGUAAAUUUGUGCUUUUCAGA